AUGGGCCAUAACAAGGAAUCACACCCUGAAUGCAAUUCCAGAGUUCCUGCCAUUGUCAAUGCCCUUGCAGAAAUGAAGUUGACUCCAGAGUUUAGGGGCUCAGAGAUUAUUGAACUUACAAACUUCAGGACUGCUACAAUUGAUGAUAUAGCUAGUGUUCAUGAAAGAGCUUAUGUAUCAGGACUUGAGAAGGCAAUGGAUCAGGCUUCGGAACAAGGACUUGUUUUCAUUGAAGGCUCUGGACCAACUUAUGCUACCUCCACAACCUUCCAGGAGUCUUUAUUGGCAGCUGGUGCUGGGCUCUCAUUGGUGGAUGCAGUGGUUGCAGCAUCAAAAGUGAAGGAAGAACCACUGGUAGGUUUUGCUUUGGUCCGGCCGCCAGGUCAUCAUGCCGUCCCAGCUGGACCAAUGGGGUUCUGUGUAUUUGGAAAUGUUGCCAUUGCCGCUCGUUAUGCUCAGCGUGCACACGGAUUGAAGCGUGUCUUUAUCAUUGAUUUUGACGUACACCACGGGAAUGGAACCAAUGAUGCCUUCUAUGAUGAUCCUGAUAUAUUUUUUCUUUCCACUCACCAAGACGGGAGUUACCCAGGUACUGGUAAAAUAAAUCAGAUAGGUACUGGGGCUGGUGAAGGAUCUACCCUAAAUCUACCCUUACCAGGUGGAUCGGGAGAUAGAGCCAUGCGAAGUGUCUUUGAAGAAGUUAUCGCGCCAAGUGCUCAAAGGUUCAAGCCUGACAUAAUUCUCGUUUCAGCUGGAUACGACGCGCAUGUGUUGGACCCGCUGGCGAACCUGCAGUUCACGACAGGAACGUAUUAUAUGCUGGCUUCGGGCAUCCGACAGCUGGCGAGGGAUUUAUGUGGGGGCCGUUGCGUGUUCUUCCUUGAAGGCGGUUACAACCUGACCUCCCUUUCGCAUUCAGUUGGUCACUCAUUUCGUGCAUUGAUCGGGGAGCCUAACCUGACUCCUGAGUUUGAGAACCCAGCUUUCUUGUACGAGGAACCAUCGAGAAAGGUAAAGGAAACUAUACAAAGAGCCAAGCACAUUCAUUGCCUGUAA